ACACACACACUUCACUUGGCUCUUUCACCAGAGAAGCUCAAACACAUCUACAUCUUAGAAGACGGAGCUCGGGAAGCUGAUAAAUGGAGAAGCAGCAGCAGCAUCAUCCGUCGGGUUCAGAGAGUCCGGUACUCCCGCAUGUCCCGAGAAAACCGCGAAACCUAGGAGUAAACCCUGCCUCUCGACAGGACAGCGUGGAUUCAUUAGACAGUCCUACUGGGUCUCAUGUGGAGUGGUGUAAACAGCUGAUAGCAGCCACUAUCUCCAGCCAGAUCACCAGCGGAGUCCCUUCAGAAUCCAUUCACCGGGAAUCUAAGAUUGGGAAGAAGAUAGAUACUAGGGUAUCCAAGAGGCCAAACUUAAGGUCUCAGGACUCUGGUGAAGAUGGCUGUCAGUUUGACAGUGAUUGUGAACUGACAUCUCACACUCCGCAAGUAUUCAGGGAUGUACGAGGGCCGGCCCCCAUGGAUGACGUCCCACUGGUCCCUGGAGAAACAGUCAAAACCACUGUUAAAGAUGUGAUGUAUAUCUGUCCUUUCACUGGAGCCGUGACCGGCACACUCACAAUCACAGACUACAGGCUCUACUUUGUCAGUCUAGAGCGGGAUGCACCUUUCAUUUUGGAUGUGAACCUGGGUGCAAUCAGCAGGUUAGAGACCUUCAGUGUACAGAGUCUUGGAGAGAAUACCAGUGGCAUGGAGAUCGUCUGUAAGGAUAUGAGGAGUCCCAGGUUUGCUUAUAAAAAGGAGGAACAGAGUAAAUUGGAGAUUUUGGAAACGUUGACAAAGUAUGCUUUCCCGCUGUCCAAUGAGUUGUCUCUAUUUGCCUUCCAAUACAAAGAGCAGUUUCCAGAGGAUGGAUGGAAGGUUUAUGAUCCAGUGGCCGAGUAUAAAAGAAUGGGUUUACCGAAUGAGAGCUGGACUAUCAGUAAGCUCAACAGUAAUUAUGAAGUGUGUGACACUUAUCCUGCUCUGCUCGUUACCCCAACUAGUAUUAAGGAGGAGGAGAUCCGACGAGUGGCCUCUUUCAGAGUCAAACACCGUAUCCCGGUGCUCUCAUGGAUCCACCCAGAAACUCAGGCUACUAUAGUCCGCUGUAGUCAGCCCAUGGUGGGCCCCACAGAUCGCCGGUGUAAGGAGGAUGAGCAUUACCUCCAGACCAUCAUGGAUGCCAAUGCACAGUCCCAUAAACUCGCCAUAUUUGAUGCUCGGCAGAACACUGUGGCUCACAAUCACAAGGCUAAAGAUGGAGGUUAUGAAAAUGAGAAUUUCUACCCCAACAUAGAGCUGAUUUUUCUGGAGAUCCCUAACAUUCAUGUCAUGAGAGAGUCCCUGCGCAAGCUGAAGGAGGUGGUUUACCCCACCAUAGAAGAACAACGCUGGCAUUCAGCCAUAGAUGCCACUCACUGGCUGGAGUACAUACGGCUUCUGCUUGCGGGUGCGGUGCGGAUUGCAGAUAAAGUAGAGUCCAGUAAGAGCUCUGUGGUGGUUCACUGCAGUGAUGGUUGGGAUCGCACCGCUCAGCUCACAUCUCUGUCCAUGCUGAUGCUGGACUCCUACUACAGGACUCUCAGGGGCUUCCAGGUCCUGCUGGAGAAGGAGUGGAUCGGCUUCGGACACAAGUUUGCAGCGCGCAUUGGUCAUGGAGAUGAAAAUCAUGCCAACUCUGAGCGCUCGCCUCUAUUUGUUCAAUUCAUAGAUUGUGUCUGGCAAAUGAUGAGACAGUUUCCCACUGCCUUUGAGUUCAAUGAGCUCUUUCUCAUCACCAUCCUGGAUUACCUCUACAGCUGCCUGUUUGGUACAUUCCUUUACAACAGUGAACAGGAGCGAGUGGAAAAGGAAGUGAACCGUAAGACGGUGUCUUUGUGGUCCUACAUCAACAGCCAAUCAGAGGAUUUCACCAACCCCUUUUAUGUGGAUUAUGAAAAUCAUGUGCUGUAUCCACUGGCCAGUCUAAGACAUCUGGAGCUGUGGGUUGGAUACUACGUACGCUGGAACCCCCGCAUGAGACCUCAGAUGCCUGUUCACCAGAACCUGAAGGAGCUGCUGUACCUGCGUGCAGAGCUGCAGAGGAAGGUGGAGGAGCUCCAGAAAGAAGUUUCCUCAUCACGCUCUGUCUCCUCGUCUUCUGAGCAUGCAUAUUCUCCAUCACAUGGCGGUACACCACUUCACUCCUCAGUCUAAAAUAUAUGCGUUCUGUGGACAGAUUCUAUGGACUACAAGGUAACAUAGGAAUGUAUUGCAUACAUCAUUAGUUGUUUCACUGGAUAAUACGUUUUAGAGGGCCAACAUGUGUAAACUUGCAUGAACACACCAAAAAGUAAGAGUCUUUAACACAAUUAAGUUUUUUUGGAGUUGUUUCAUCAUAGACGUCUUCUUAACCAGGUAACUGGAGGAUGUUCUGAUGUUGUUCAAUAUAGGCCAGUAUUUUAACUUGACUUGUAAAUAUUGACUUCACUAAUUUAUUAGUAGCCAAAGUUAGAAA